UGUUUUCGAGUACGUUGUUGCCUGGCAACCAAUACACGCUAACACAUGUUCUAGCGAAAGACAGAGAAUGGCGAGGAAGAAAGUGGCGAAAAGAACGGACGAGAUAUUAGUUACCGAGGAAGAAAAGACGGAGCCGAGUUCUUGGGAAAACGAAGACGUGGAGGAAACGGAACAGCAGCAGCAACCACCAGCCGAAGCGGUGCAAGAUGAGACGGAAGUGACAACUUCUUGUGUGACUGAAGGCCCCUUAUUGACCAAUGUGGUGAUAAAAACAUAUGAGGGCAAAUUUUUAAAUGGCUUGUUUGAAGGUGAAGGUUAUAUGGAAUUUAUUGAUGGGCAUAUUUAUAAAGGUUCUUUCCAUCAAGGUCUGAUGCAUGGUCGCGGAUAUUACAAAUGGAAUGAUGGUGUCACCUAUGAGGGAGACUUUAUGUUUAACUACAUCACAGGUAAAGGAACAUACACCUACUUAGAUGGAAGAUUGGUUGCUUUUUCUACCAGGUGGAGACUCCAUCGGCUCAUAAAUUCAUUUGGUUUGAUGACCAAGAUAUAUUUGUGUUCAUUCUUUCAGGGAUGUAUGCAGUUUGACAAAGACAGUCAAUGCUUCUACCACGGUGAUUGGCAAUAUGACCUUCCCCAUGGAUGGGGUCUCCAGAGGUACAGCAGCCAUAACAUUUAUGAAGGGUUCUGGUUCAAAAAUAAGCCAAAUGUUGAAGGUGUAAUGAAGUGGUUCGUUCAAGGCCGACCAAAGGAUAUCGAAAUAUACAAGGGCCACUGGGCCAAUGGUAUACAGGCUAAAUUCACUCAAAGAACUGGAGGUGUCUAUGAAGGAAGAUUUGAGAAUAAUGCUCUUCCUGAUAAUACCUUUGUCAAAGGACUUCCGGCUCUUAUUAAUGACCAGGACAAUAAAUCUCCCGAAAAGGAAGUGAACAUGAAAUCAGUCGACAGUAAUUUCAUAAUGGACAUCAACAGCUUACUGAAAGGUUACAAAGGUGUUGACCCCAAACAAGAACUGACACAGGUGAAUAAGAACGUGUGGAGGCAUAUAGCAUUUUUGAAGAAGAUCUACUUGUUUUAUGCAAGUUUGGGCCAGGAACCAGCCAUUGAUAAUGUCUACUUGAUGGACAAUCUUCAGUUCUGGAGAUUUCUCAAAGACUGUCGCUUGCAUCAUCAUGGCUUUACCCUGAUGCAAAUGGAUAGAUUCCUUGCGAAAGAUAAAAAAGUAACCAGUCUCCAUGACCCUUUUGGUAAGUUGCUGCUACGGGAAUUUAUAGCGAACCUUGUGAUCUUGGCCUUCAAAGCAUACAGUGCACAAUACGAUGACGCAAAAGCAAACUUAAAGUACCAUUUUCUUCUGCUGGAUUGGUGCUUCUAUCAACUUCUCAAAAACAACAUCUACCCCAAUGUGUUCACCGUUAGAGGCCAUAUCUUCACAGAAGUCCGCAGAGCCAUGAACAUAAUGGAACACGUCCAGGAGGUUUACAAAAUCUACACUGCCAUUUGUAAACCACGAAAGUUACCUCCCCAUGAUUCUUCCAUGAAGAUGAGAGACUGUUUAGUCAUACUCAAGGACUUAAACCUGAUCAAUGAGAACCUCACCGCCAAAGCUGCCAUUGAUGUUUUGGCCGAAGAUGAUCCCAAUGUUAUCGUUGAUGGUGACUACAACAUGGAGUUGGAGAUGACCUACCUUGAGUUUCUGGAAGCGCUUGUUGGUUUUGCUGAGAUUUACAUCACAGAAAGCGUGGUAGAGUCAAUGACGAUACCUCUUGAUACCGUCACGUCAAGUCGGUCUCCAAAGACAAGCAGUCAACCUGUCAUGUCACCUGUCCUCAGCACCAAUGUGUCCAGCACUUCCUUCCAACAACACUCGAAGACAAGAGAGACAACAGAGAAUAGGACAUCGGAGACAGUGCAAGAGGAACAAACAAAAUCUUUAUCUGUGUUGUUCAGUCCACUUGAGAGUUUGAUGGAAACGAGUGACAGCAAAGAGACAACAAACGAAGAAACUGAAGCAGAGGUAGAGGCUGAAGAACUUGACCAAGCUACAAAAAAGUACAACUUCUGGACUCACCAAAUACACAUUUUCUUCAUCGAGAAAUUCAUUCGUCCGGUCAGCAACCUUUUGAACAUGCAGCAGACGGUCAACAAACUGGUGAAAGAAGAAUUAAAGAAAAUAAAGAAGAAGGAGAAACAGAAGGCAGCGACAGAGCGAUGGCACCAGUUACGCCGAGAAGCAGUAGAAGAGGCAUCGCUGAGUCAGGAACCGGAACAGGAACACGACCAGAACAUUGCUGAAAACGUUCAUGUCUUUGAUGAGUUUGGUGAAGUGAAGACGAGCGGUCCAAAUGGACAUGCAACAUAAAAAGAAAACCUACAAGUAAUAAAGCAAUACAUUCCUCCAUGGAAUAUCAAAAUGGUAUUUCCUUUGGAAAAUAGUGGAAGAUGGUGGUGGGUGAGAAAGGGAAGGAAUAAUGGAGGCAGGGGUGGGGAAGUCAGGGCUGAAUUAUUUCUUUUUAAGGAUUUCUUUCAUAAAAUAACAAUUGCUUUACUAAAAUAAAUC